UGACUAGGUGGCAGUAGCACAUGGAGUGAGGAUUGGAUCUGGUUGCUACACACUUCUUUGUCAUCCAGCGCUCGUCUCUUGUUUUGCGCCGCGGCUGCUCCUGCGCAGGACCUCUUGAGAAGCUGCGCGGCUCUGCAGACUUUUAAACCCGUGGAUGCGUGACCUGGAUCUGAAUUUGGACACGUUUUCCGCAGAAUGUGCUCAGACUUAGUACCGGGAAUAGAAAGUGCUGCUGCUGCGUGCAAAGUCUGUGUGUGAUGCAUGUAUUUGAAUGGGAAGGCUACGAUAAAAACAGAUAUAUCUUACUAAAUACAAACCGAAGGCGGUGUUUCUGAAUGCAAAGAGGAUUCCGCUAGAGCAGUCUCAAACUAAACCAGUGAAGAUGGACGUCAGUGUCUCCGUGUCGUUGUUUCAAGACGAGCUCGCCUCCACCGUCGAGCUCGCAGUGAAAGCGGCUGCAGACAGCGUCGUGUGCGCGAUUACUGAAGCUGUGAGCAGCAAAUUCACUGAAUUACAAGAGGACAUGUCUGCAGUGAAGAGAGAGAAUGAAAGUCUGAAGCUGAGAUUGGAAAUAUCAGAGAGCGAGCUGAAAGCCGUGCGAGGGUGUAUAAACGCUGCAGAUGCAGACAUUAAACAGCCUUUCAUAUUUCAAGAUCCCAUAGAGAGCCACGCUAUCCCCGAAUCUGAAGCACAGGAAGGGCCAAAGAUAGAAGCAGUUUACACACAAGAGGAGUCCUUUGAGCAGGAGUGGUGUGCAAGUCUAAUACAGGUUACAGAGCUGCCAUGUGUUAAAGAUGAAGACGUCCCUGAACAGGAGUGUGUUCCUAUUAAAGAGGAAUUCAUAGAACAGGAAUGUGUCUCCAUCCCAGAGGAACUUCCUACUGAAAAUAAUGUCUGUACACUUGAGGAGAACAACAAGCUGGGAUCCAACCUGUGUGAUGAUUCUCCAUCUGGAUGUGAUCUGGGAUUUGGAGCUUCUAAAGUAGAUGAAGGAGAACACGACUCCACUCUAUCACCCCAGUGCAAAAACUCUACUAGAGGCGAACCACAGUGCAAGAAACACAGAGAAACGACACCCCAAGAAGAGUAUGUGAAGACAUUGAGAACUCACUCAGUUACAAUCCCUUCUUUACAAGACAGACACCCACUUACUGUGGAGAGUACAGAGACGGCACAUUCUGCAUGUUUUAACAAUUCAGAAACCCAGGGCAACGUGAAGACCUUACCUCAUUCUAUUAAAGGUGGGAGGAGUUCCUGUCAAUUAGACGCUCCUGAAACUCACAAGGGAAAUCCCACAGGAGGCACUACGUGUUCCUGGGCUGAUUGUGGGAAGAGUUUCAAUCAUAUAUCACUGCUUAAAAGACACCAGCGCAUUCACACAGGAGAGAAACCUUCCCACAUACAGACCAGUGAUAAGAGUUUCACACAGUUAGGAAAUCUUCAUUCACACCAGCGCAUUAACAUAGGAGAGAAACCUUAUCACUGUGAUGUUUGUGGGAAGAGAUUCAGUCUCAUAGGAAACCUUAAAAAACACAAAGCCAUUCACACAGGAGUGAAACCUCAUCACUGUGAUGUUUGUGGGAAGAGAUUCAGACAGUUAGGAGACCUUAAAAUCCACCAGCGCAUUCACACAGGAGAGAAACCUCAUCACUGCACUGAGUGUGGGAAGACAUUCAGUCACAUAGGAAACCUUAAAAAACACAAAGCCAUUCACACAGGAGAGAAACCUCAUCACUGUGAUGUUUGUGAUAAGAGAUUCAUACAGUUAGGAGACCUUAAAAGACACCAGAGCAUUCACACAGGAGAGAAACCUCAUCACUGCACUGAGUGUGGGAAGACAUUCAUUCACAUAGGAAACCUUAAAAAACACAAAGUCAUUCACACAGGAGAGAAACCUCAUCACUGUGAUGUUUGUGGGAAGAGAUUCAGACAGUUACGAGACCUUAAAAGACACCAUACAAUUCACACAGGUGUGUAAUCCUCUCCCUGCACUUAGUGUGUGAAGAAGUGAAGUCAGUUGCAGGCUCUCAGAACUCGAGAACAUUCUCAGAAUUGCAGACUGAAUACAGAAAUAUUUUCUGAAAACAAAAGAAUAAACCUGCUUGAUAAACAGGGUCCCCCCUCAUCACAAUCUGUUCAGAUCAAAAGCUCACAGACUCAAAUAUGAACGAGUACGUCUUGUAUUCAUCGUCUUGUUGAGCAUUCGGAUUGUGUUACCUCACAUUAGUAAUAUAUUAAAUAGAUGUGUUAUUAUGAAUGCACGUUUCUCUUUCCUUUCUCAUGCGUUGCUCAGCCUCUUGCAGUGGGUUCUGUGGAAGCUUCUCCGAUACCACGGUGAAUCUGCGGUACCUCAAGACACAGCACAGUGUACUGCAGUUAUCAUGCAGGCAGCUUGCAGUGUAAAGCAGUACUGUUUCCAGCAGGGGGCACUAGAGAGCUUUUAGGAAUGUAAUGGGCUGCAUACCAUUGCUUCCUAACGAGAUGAUUUCUGCUCAGGAUGUGUUUAAUACUGCCCUCUCUCUCUCUCUCUCUCGGGUACUCUAUUAACAAACAUAGGUUCUGUGUUUUUGAUAUCAAUUUGUUGAUUGACAACGAGACUACUAAAGCAAAUAAAAUCUAUAUUAAAAAUGCUUUGCUGCCUGAAUUAAAUGCUGUUUUAAAUGAUGUUCAGUGUCUUGUCAAUCAAGGAUUUCAUUUUAAAAGUCCAGUAAUAAAUACCGUAGAUGUCCUUGUUUCUGCAUUUCUUAUAUAUACCAUGACUGGAGCAGCCUUUUAAACUGCUGUCUGCUCAUACAAGCGAUCCAUGUACAAUCAGGCAUAUAUUUUGUCAUUGAGUAUUCUAUAGCUCUGUGGUUUAUACAAAUAGUUUUUUCAUGUUUAACUUGAUGUUGCUUUGAAGCCCGUUUCAGUUCUGCGCUUUCCUGUAAAAUGUUCCCCGCUGUUACAAGUUUGUUAUAACUUUUUAUUAUUUAUGAUUUUUGGAAAUGCACUCUCGUUAGAUAUUUUAUGAUCUGUAGUUUCAAGUCGUUAUUAUUUGUAGUGUUUUAGAUUGCAAGGUUGUGAGAUUUUAAACAGCAAUCUCACACGCCUGCAUGGAAGUUAGAAUCAGGGAUGGAGGAUUUAUAAACUGCAGAAUCAGGAAUGGAAGACAGAGCAGGCAUUUUCAAUACCUGGAAAUGGGACUUUUAACAACAAUGCCUCCAUCUUUUGUUUGAAGUAGAUUAUGAUUAGCUUCUCCACAGCUUAGUAUGCAGCUCUGUACUGAAU